AUGGACAAAGAAUUGGGCCUGAUUCUGUUCCUGAUGCUGUUUCUCUGUCACAAAGGAAACACACACUCACAAACCUCUUGUCCAUACAAAUGCCACUGUUUCACUUCAAUCCAAGUGCUGUGUGCCGAUGGAGGGAUGUCAUCUUUACCCAGGGACGUGUCCAGCAAGGUGAAGGACUUUAUUAUAAUGUCAUCAGACCUCGGAUACCUGUUCUCCCACACUUUAGGGGAGAGCCCCCAACUCACCAAACUCAUCUUCAUAAAUAAUGCACUGCGAAGUAUUCACUCUCAGUCUUUUGAGCAUCUGGCUGAGCUGCAGGAGCUGGAAAUCAGUGGGAACCCUGGGCUGGAGCAUUUAUUUCUGCAGACAUUUUCAAAUCAGGGAAACUUGACCAAACUGAUACUUAACUUCAACAGUUUGAAGACGGUGCUUCCUGGCACGUUUGAUUCUCUUAAGGAGCUAAAAUUUCUGCAGAUGAAAGGCAAUAUCAUAUCAGAUCUGCCUCCUUUUCUUUUCCUGAAUCUCCACAAUCUGAAUGUCCUGGAUUUGUCCCAAAAUAAGCUCCAAGGAAUGCGAGGGGAAACUUUUUCCGGUCUGGCAAGACUGGAGACUCUGAAAAUGAACAACAACCUCAUCAGCAAUCUCACAUCUGACACCUUCCACAACAUGACUCAGCUGAUAGAGCUUCACUUGGAGGCCAAUAAGAUAUCAGAGCUUGCUGACAGCAUCUUCUUUGCGUUAACCGAGCUGAAGGUGCUGAACCUCCGUGGAAACCUUCUGACGUCCUUUAAUGAUAAUGUGUUUGGAUUCACGGCCUCAAAUUUGAAGGAGCUGAACCUAAAAGGCAACAGACUGACUAAGCUGUCCUCUCUAAUCAGCUUGACAUCUCUCUCCGACCUUAUCUUGUCCUCCAAUCAGCUCUCCAGCCUUCCUGAAGAUAUUUUUAGAAAUGUUACAGUCCUGGAGAAUCUGGACCUGUCUGAAAACCAGCUCACCUCGCUGCCUGAAAUGAUCUUUCGCAAUCUAUUUAGCAUCAAGGCGAUCCACCUAAACAAGAACAACCUGAGCAGGGUGGACGCCAACCUGUUCGAGGACCAGGUGCUCAUUCAGCAGCUCUACUUGUCUGACAACCAGCUGGAAACUCUCCCGCUGGGCCUUUUAGACACCUUUGCUAUCCAGCACACAGUGAGACUGCACGGAAACCCCUGGAAAUGUGACUGCCACAUGUGGUAUCUACAUGACUGGGUGCUGAGAAACAGCCAAGACAUAGAGAUGCUUGACAGGAUGCUCUGCGAGAGCCCUGACUUCCUGAGGAGACGGCCGGUCGCCUCCAUCGACAAGGACCAGCUGGUGUGUCGGUUGUCUCAAGGUGAGAUGUCUGAUCGCAGCCGCUGUAGCCAAGAAGCUUCUAAUGACACUGUGAUCAUCAAGUGUAAAGUGGAUAAAUGCUCUCCGCUGACAGUGAAGGUACAGUUUCAGGAGGAUGACGGCAGUGUUAAGGAGCAUAUUUUGAAAAAUGAGCCCGAACAUUCUCAUUGUAACAAUGAGACGACGAUCGAGAGCCCCGUUCAGUAG